CAGUCAUCUUUGUUUGAAGUCAUCGUGCCAAUAUCUGGUGACAACAUUGAACACCAGGCUGGAUCCACAGUUGGACAGAUGAUUCCCUCAGGAUCCAUGGGGGAAACUGUGUCCAAAGAGUGGCUAUUGGAGAAUGAAGUCCCAGUGGGAGACACAACAUUGCACAAGAGCCUGCCUGAACAAAGGGGGGGAGAAUAUGAAGGACAAGAAAAAGAAGGUGAAGUGGAUGAGGGCUAUUUGGAGAUGUCAAAGAUUGAAGGUGACAGAAAUAAGCUAAAAGAAGGACAAAAGACAGAGAAAGAGACACAGGAAGAGACUUUGGAGAAGAUGGACAGUGAUGGUGAAGAAGGACAAAGGGCAGAGGAAAAGAUCCACAAUGAGGGUAGAGCAGGACAAAAGACAAAGAAAACGAUUCUGGAAGAGACCUUGGAGAAGAUGGAGAGUAAGAGUGAAAAGGGAAAGAAGAGAGAAACAACGAUUCAAAAAAAAGACUUUGGAGAACAUGGAGGGUAAGAGUAAAAGGGGAAAGAAGAGACAAACAAAAAUUCAAGAGAAGACUUUGGAGAACAUGGAGGGUAAGAGUAAAAAGGGAAAGAAGAGAGAAACAAAGAUUCAAGAGAAGACUUUGGAGAACAUGGAAGGUAAGAGUGAAAAGGGAAAGAAGAGAGAAACAAAGAUUCAAGAUAAGUCUCUGGAGAAGAUGGAGGGUAAGAGCGAAAAAGGAAAGAAGAGAGAAACAAAGAUUCAAGAAAAGGCUUUGGAGAACAUGGAGGGUAAGAGUAAAAGGGGAAAGAAGAGAGAAACAAAAAUUCAAGAGAAGACUUUGGAGAACAUGGAGGAUAAGAGUGAAAAGGGAAAGAAGAGAGAAACAAAGAUUCAAGAUCCUGUGGUGAUGACGAGAAGUAAAGUUAAAGAAGUGCAAAAGAGAAAGUUAAAAGAGGAGCAUCUGGAGAAGAGUGAGAGGGAAAGUGAAGAAGGGUCAAGUGGAGCAGCAGAAAAAACAGUACCAGAUCCUGAAGAGGAUGAGGAACAUGUGCCAAAAAGGACUUACCAGCUGUGUGAGAAAAGUGCAUCUGUGCCUUUGAACCAACAAAUGAAGAUGACCUCUUUUAAACAGGAUGGAACAGAUAAAAGGGAGGUUGAGUGCCCUUUCCAGAAAAUAGAGAGCUUUAGUUCAUCUGAAGGUGAUGGCUCCGCUGAUGAAUGGAAACCCACACAGCAGGAAUCUGAGAAUGAUUCUGAAGAAGAGGAGGAACAAGUCCUAGAAAGGGUUCACAAGGAGGAAUCAGAGGGUGAUUUUGAAGAAGAGGAUGAACAGAUCAUAGGAAGGGUUCACAAGGUGGCCAAAAGAAAGAGAUCUGAGAGCUCUGUCCUGCAAAGAGAGCUGAGGAGCUCAUCUGAAGUUGAGCGGGUUGGUUCAAGGAUCCGUGCACUGAGAGUAACAGAAAAGGAAUCAGAGGAGGAGUGUACGAGAGGAGAGAGUCCAAGUCUGCCUGAGAAAGAAGAGGAAGCCCUGUCAAAAGAAAGUGGUGAGGAAGAUGUGUUGCAGAAUGAGGAUACACGAGCAUUGAUGAGCCAAUCUCCAGACCUAAAACUGAAUACAGCCCUGGUUUCACUGAGUCCUGUCACUCUCAAGACACCUGUAAAUGACAAGGUGGCAGUCAAAGUCCGUCCUGGUAUGCAGCAAGCUUUUGUAAGCCCAGGAACAGCAACGAUUUUGACAACUCACUCAACAAAAACUGUGUGUGACCGAGUCAAUAUGGUGAAUAAGAUGAUUUUCCACCAGUCAUCUUUGUUUGAAGUCAUCGUGCCAAUAUCUGGUGACAACAUUGAACACCAGGCUGGAUCCACAGUUGGACAGAUGAUUCCCUCAGGAUCCAUGGGGGAAACUGUGUCCAAAGAGUGGCUAUUGGAGAAUGAAGUCUCAGUGGGAGACACAACAUUGCACAAGAGCCUGCCUGAACAAAGGGGGGGAGAAUAUGAAGGACAAGAAAAAGAAGGUGAAGUGGAUGAGGGCUAUUUGGAGAUGUCAAAGAUUGAAGGUGACAGAAAUAAGCUAAAAGAAGGACAAAAGACAGAGAAAGAGACACAGGAAGAGACUUUGGAGAAGAUGGACAGUGAUGGUGAAGAAGGACAAAGGGCAGAGGAAAAGAUCCACAAUGAGGGUAGAGCAGGACAAAAGACAAAGAAAACGAUUCUGGAAGAGACCUUGGAGAAGAUGGAGAGUAAGAGUGAAAAGGGAAAGAAGAGAGAAACAACGAUUCAAAAAAAGACUUUGGAGAACAUGGAGGGUAAGAGUAAAAGGGGAAAGAAGAGACAAACAAAAAUUCAAGAGAAGGCUUUGGAGAACAUGGAGGGUAAGAGUAAAAAGGGAAAGAAGAGAGAAACAAAGAUUCAAGAGAAGACUUUGGAGAACAUGGAAGGUAAGAGUGAAAAGGGAAAGAAGAGAGAAACAAAGAUUCAAGAUAAGUCUCUGGAGAAGAUGGAGGGUAAGAGCGAAAAAGGAAAGAAGAGAGAAACAAAGAUUCAAGAAAAGGCUUUGGAGAACAUGGAGGGUAAGAGUAAAAGGGGAAAGAAGAGAGAAACAAAAAUUCAAGAGAAGACUUUGGAGAACAUGGAGGAUAAGAGUGAAAAGGGAAAGAAGAGAGAAACAAAGAUUCAAGAGAAGUCUCUGGAGAACAUGGAGGGUAAGCGUAAAAAAGGAAAGAAGAGAGAAACAAAGAUUCAAGAGAAGACUUUGGAGAACAUGAAGGGUAAGAGUGAAAAGGGAAAGAAGAGAGAAACAAAGUUUCAAGAGAAGACUUUGGAGAACAUGGAAGGUAAGAGUGAAAAGGGAAAGAAGAGAGAAACAAAGAUUCAAGAUAAGUCUCUGGAGAAGAUGGAGGGCAAGAGCGAAAAAGGAAAGAAGAGAGAAACAAAGAUUCAAGAAAAGGCUUUGGAGAACAUGGAGGGUAAGAGUAAAAGGGGAAAGAAGAGAGAAACAAAAAUUCAAGAGAAGACUUUGGAGAACAUGGAGGAUAAGAGUGAAAAGGGAAAGAAGAGACAAACAAAAAUUCAAGAGAAGACUUUGGAGAACAUGGAGGGUAAGAGUGAAAAGGGAAAGAAGAGAGAAACAAAGUUUCAAGAGAAGACUUUGGAGAAGAUGAAAAGUAAGAGUGAAAAGGGAAAGAAGAGAGAAACAAAGAUUCAAGAUCCUGUGGUGAUGACGAGAAGUAAAGUUAAAGAAGUGCAAAAGAGAAAGUUAAAAGAGGAGCAUCUGGAGAAGAGUGAGAGGGAAAGUGAAGAAGGGUCAAGUGGAGCAGCAGAAAAAACAGUACCAGAUCCUGAAGAGGAUGAGGAACAUGUGCCAAAAAGGACUUACCAGCUGUGUGAGAAAAGUGCAUCUGUGCCUUUGAACCAACAAAUGAAGAUGACCUCUUUUAAACAGGAUGGAACAGAUAAAAGGGAGGUUGAGUGCCCUUUCCAGAAAAUAGAGAGCUUUAGUUCAUCUGAAGGUGAUGGCUCCGCUGAUGAAUGGAAACCCACACAGCAGGAAUCUGAGAAUGAUUCUGAAGAAGAGGAGGAACAAGUCCUAGAAAGGGUUCACAAGGUGACCAAAAGAAAGAGAUCUGAGAGCCUUGUCCUGCAAAGAGAGGAGGAAUCAGAGGGUGAUUUUGAAGAAGAGGAUGAACAGAUCAUAGGAAGGGUUCACAAGGUGGCCAAAAGAAAGAGAUCUGAGAGCUCUGUCCUGCAAAGAGAGCUGAGGAGCUCAUCUGAAGUUGAGCGGGUUGGUUCAAGGGUCCGUGCACUGAGAGUAACAGAAAAGGAAUCAGAGGAGGAGUGUACGAGAGGAGAGAGUCUAUGUCUGCCUGAGAAAGAAGAGGAAGCCCUGUCAAAAGGAAAUAUGGGGGAAAGUGGUGAGGAAGAUGUGUUGCAGAAUGAGGAUACACGAGCAUUGAUGAGCCAAUCUCCAGACCUAAAACUGAAUACAGCCCUGGUUUCACUGAGUCCUGUCACUCUCAAGACACCUGUAAAUGACAAGGUGGCAGUCAAAGUCCGUCCUGGUAUGCAGCAGGCUUUUGUAAGCCCAGGAACAGCAACGAUUUUGACAACUCACUCAACAAAAACUGUGUGUGACCGAGUCAAUAUGGUGAAUAAGAUGAUUUUCCACCAGUCAUCUUUGUUUGAAGUCAUCAUGCCAAUAUCUGGUGACAACAUUGAACACCAGGCUGGAUCCACAGUUGGACAGAUGAUUCCCUCAGGAUCCAUGGGGGAAACUGUGUCCAAAGAGUGGAAUAUGGAGGGUAAGAGUGAAAAGGGAAAGAAGAGAGAAACAAAGAUUCAAGACAAGACUUUGGAGAAUAUGGAGGGUAAGAGUGAAAAGGGAAAGAAGAGAGAAACAAAGAUUCAAGAGAAGACUUUGGAGAAGAUGAAAAGUAAGAGUGAAAAGGGAAUGAAGAGAGAAACAAAGAUUAAAGAUGAGCCUGUGGUGAUGCCGAGGAGUAAAGCUAAAGAAGUGCAAAAGAGAAAGUUAAAAGAGGAGCAUCUGGAGAAGAGUGAGAGGGAAAGUGAAGAAGGAUCAAGUGGAGCAGCAGAAAAAACCUGGAAGAUACCUUUGAAAAGAAGGAAAUUUCAAGAAUGACGGGAAGAAAGGAGAAGGCAGGAGGAAUUGAAAACUGUUCAAAACUUAUGCAACAUUAAAAUGUUCAGUCACCAUA